AUAUCGGAAGCCGGAAGCAGUCAUCUUAAAGCUAACAGCAGCAUCCUUUGACCAUUCAAUAAGCUAAAAGCUAGCAGUAUAAAGGAGCUACAGUUUUCCUUUCAGCAUUUCAUUUGGCAUUUCAUUCAUUAAAGCUCUUGGGAAGUGUGUUUCGCGUCAACCCCGAAAAGUCAUGGCAGCGGAUUGGUUGGGUAGUUCGGUGUCAAUUAACUGUGGGCCAACACUGGGAGUCUAUCAAGGAGAAGUCGUGUCUGUGGACCAGUCAAGCCAAACCAUCUCCUUAAGGCAACCUUUCCAUAAUGGAGUCAAGUGCCCUGUUCCCGAGGUCACAUUCAGUGCCAUUGACAUAAAGGAACUCAAGAUUUUAGAUAUCAGAAAUGGCAAUGCUAGGAACAGCUCUUUUGCAACUACGAAGGCAGGCAGUGCUCCAGUUACAGUCCCAAAGGGUGACCCCAGAUCUGUGGAAAAAGUCAACUCUCCUCAGCACUGCACCAAAAGCUAUGGAGAACGUCACCUGGACAUACCUGGCCAGCCAAAAGGAUUUCGUAGAAGACACAAUUCCUGGUCGUCCAGUAGUCGAGGGGCAAACCUAGUGACACCGAAGAAGAACGGGGUUAAGAAUGGUCAGAUUAAGCCCAGAGACGACGAGUGUUUUGGGGAUGGCACGGAGGACGGACUGGAUACAGAUUUUGAUUUUGAAGGAAACUUGGCUCUGUUUGACAAAGCAGCAGUUUUCUCAGAAAUCGAUAUAUCAGAACGCCGUAAUGGUGCAAGGUCACGUGGGACUCCUCAAGAUCAGACACCCACACGGUACCGUCAUGAUGAAAACAUACUGGAGGCCAAACCUAUUGUGUACAGACAGAUUACUGUACCGCAGCCUGGGGCCAAAGAGUACUGCACCGAUUCUGGGCUUGUUGUGCCCAGUGUAUCCUAUGAACUACACCAGCGUCUGUUGUCAGUCGCUGAGCGCCAUGGUCUUUCACUGGAGCGAAGGCUUGAGAUGACUGGAGUGUGUGCAAGUCAGAUGGCACUUACAUUGCUGGGUGGGCCCAACAGAUUCACUCCAAAAAAUUUACACCAGCGUCCCACAGUUGCUUUGCUGUGUGGGCCUCAUGUUCAGGGUGCUCAGGGCAUCAGCUGUGGUCGUCACCUGUCCAAUCAUGAAGUGGAGGUCAUCUUGUUUCUGCCCAAUUUUGUCAAGAUGCUGGACUCGGUCACCAGCGGGCUCACCCUCUUUAACAAAACUGGUGGCAAACAAGUGUCAAGUGUCAAAGACCUUCCAGACACUCCCGUGGACUUAAUCAUAAGCUGCCUGGAUUGCCACGAGAACACAUUCCUGAUGGAUCAGCCUUGGUACCGAGCAGCUGCAGACUGGGCUAACCAGAACCGAGCGCCAGUGCUCAGCUUAGACCCUCCUGGUAGUGGAAAGGGACAGGCAGUCGAAGCCAAGUGGUCCCUCUCUCUCUGCCUCCCCCUUCCCUUGGCUGAGGGGGCUGGCAGGGUUUACCUGUGUGACAUAGGUAUUCCUCGCCAGGUGUUCCAGGAAGUGGGAAUCAAGUACAUUUCUCCUUUUGGCUGCAAAUUUGUCAUCCCCUUGCACUCUGCAUAAUAGGACGAGUGGUAAACAAGACACCUCUGUGACCACACACAUGGUUAUGGCGCCUUAUAUUCCAGAGUUCAUCCAUUAAGUUUCUAACUCUUCAACAUGUGAAUGGGACCACUAUUUUGUGCAUAAUUUCUACAAGGAAUAAGUUCUAUGGAUAUGAGCUUUAUUGAAAAAGUAAAUGUGUCGACCAUCAGAGGCUUCGGCCAUCAUGUAGAUACUAUUGUAUUCGAUUUUUCAAAAAUACAGCUGAAGUGUCAAAAAUAAUACCAUGUUGUGUUAAAUAGUUUUAGAUUGAAUAGGACUCCCUGACUUAACAUGGACAACAUGCUGAAUGUCAAUGUAAUCUAACUUCAUUCCAAAGCCAUCUAGUGAAUUGAUGGAGAUCUACCAUAUGAUACAUGCAAAGGCGAUGUUAUUACAUUAAUCUUAAUGAGACAACGUAAAUCCAACUUGCAUUGGUGCUACCAUUGCUAAUGUCUUGGCUUUAUAUUCUGCCAUACUCAACGGCACUCUGUAACUGCCGUCUGAUGUUUGGGAUUGAAAAUCCAUAGAAGAAAAUUUGGAAUAUUUAGUAUUUUCAAUCUAAGCCAGUGUUGAAUGGAGCAGCUUCUGCAGAGGAUCUAGAUAUCAGCAGUUUUGUUUGUUCAUGGUAAAUUAGGCAGUAAUUAUAAGGCCUUUUGAUAGGAUGUCACAGCAUACAAAUCCUCUAGCAAUUUAGCUUUUUAGGGGGAUACAAAAUGUGCUAACUAAAUGUGAUAAUAUAGAUCUGAAGUCAUGAUGUGAGCCUGUGUUCAACUAGCUCUGUAAGGCAAUGCGAUCCGUCAUUGGUCGCAUGAAACAGUCGGCAUCCGUCGCCAGCAGUUGUAUGAAGUUAGACCUUUUGUUAAACAAAAAUAUUUUGUCAGCAUAGGACACAUGUUAGUUAGUUUAGUCCAUAAAAUGGCUUAUAGGAAAUGGUGUUUUUUGAAUGCCGCUAAAAACGUGUAUAUAUGUAGACUCGAUAUUAGAUUGUUGUUUUAAACAUUAACUUGUCGAAACCCAUGAGGCGAGCCACACGACAAACUGACUGUUCCAAAGCUAGAUUUUUGUUGUUGUUUGAUUAGUAAUCAAUGUCAAUGAGAGAUUUUUUCUUGGGAACAAAACCUGGAUGUAUCAGUUUUGCUUUGGCUCUUUAUUGUAACUGUUGAAGGACCAUACCAGUGUGUUUGCCAGUUUCAGUUCCUAAUUACAAACCAUUUGUUUAAUUUUACAUUUACUAAUAUUUUUUAUAUUGGUUUCCAAUUACUACUGUGUAGUAUUUUGAAAAAAAAGAAAAGAAAUAUUUUAAUCAAUUAGAAAAAUCCAUCAUAGUGAACAUACAUCUAUGGUAGUGAAAUAAUAAUUGUGGUGAUGUAGUUUAGUUGCAGAUUUUAAAAGCACUGCAUUACACGCCAAGGAAUGCAUACGUGGCAUUUUCUGCGAUGGACUAUUUUUGAAGAGUGUCCUAAUAGAUUUUCAUGUUCUAUGGAAAGAAUAGAGCCCAAUGGAUGCCUUUUAAGACAUGAACGUCUAAAUUUCUAAAACACAGUAUUAUGGUUUGCAGAUAAAAAAUUAGUGAUUUGUAAUUAACGGCGGUAUGGUCCUUUUAAGUUUCAAACCGCCUUGCCGUUUACAUUUUAGUAUUUCUUUUCUUUUAUCAAAGUUGAGUAGUUUGACAUAAGUAGAGUUUUAUAAAGCUUAAAUGCUCUAUAUUUGGAAUGUGAAUGUGUUUCUGGGCGAAUCGUCUCGAUCUAAACUCACAAUGAUCAAGAUGCAACUAACAGUACUGAGUACUCUGAACUAAAUAUAUUGUUUUGGGUUUUUUUGUUACAAGAAAUUGCAAAAAACAUCUUUUCAUACAUCCCCCCUCCUGAUUUUAAGAGUGUGGCUGUUUGUGUACUUAACUACCAAUGGUAUUUCUAAAGUACAGACCGUGAAAUAUACAUUAAGAGCUGCUUGAUUUGUGCGCCUCUAGUCCUUGACUGAGGGGAUGCAUGUUUCUCUAAUGCCGCAUCUAGUUGACAAUGAAAGUCAAACCAGUUUGCUUGUUCUUUGACAUGAUCACAUUAUCUUCGAAAUGUGUCCAGAGCAGAGACGGUUUUCUGAAGUUUAUUGGACCUGCGGAUUGUGUACAGCAACAUGUUGUGAUGUGAUGCCGUGUUUACACAUGGAGCUCAAAUGUGCACAUUCACUUGUACAGGAGUCACUUGUACAGGAGUCAGUGAAAACUACCUUCAUGCCCAAAGGGUUUGUCCUUUCUCCAACAUUCCUCCGGCCUGAUGUGUUACGUCUCAUCUGUUGAGACAAGUCUGGCUUGGAAACAUCAGCCAGCGUUACAGGAUGGGUUGAGUUUAUAUUGUCUUUGUCCGCCAGGGGGCCAAUAAACCAGGUCUCAUG